AUGUCACAGAAGCAAGGUACGAAUCAGAACCAGAAUGGUGCUCACCAGCCACAGCCCGCGAAGAACCAGCGAUCUAAUAAUGCCGCUGGCGCUAAUUCCGCGCAACCGCCACAACAGCAGAGCCAAGGCCAGUCCCAGCAGCAGGGGAAAUCCAAUGGCCCGUUUUCUGCCUCCGACUUAAAUAGAAUUGUUUUGGAAUAUUUGAAUAAAAAGGGAUACCACCGCACAGAGGCAAUGCUGAGAGCCGAGAGUGGACGUACGUUAACACCUCAGAACAAGCCAGCAAACACUAAAACGGGGAAAUUUCCUGAACAAUCGGUAGCCCCUCCAAACCCGGGAAAGACUGCCAAGCCCAUAAGUAAUCCAACAAGUUUAUCAUCCAAGAGAGAUGCAGAAGGUGGGAUCGUCUCCAAUGAACGGCUGGAAGGGUUCAAUGCGCCCGAGAACUACAUAAGGGCAUACUCAAUGUUGAAAAACUGGGUGGAUUCAUCUUUGGAAAUUUACAAGCCGGAACUGAGCUACAUCAUGUAUCCAAUAUUCAUUUAUUUAUUCUUAAAUUUAGUGGCAAAGAAUCCCGUGUAUGCCCGUCGUUUUUUUGACAGAUUUUCUCCAGACUUUAAGGAUUUCCAUGGUUCAGAAAUCAACAGACUCUUUAGUGUUAAUUCUAUAGAUCACAUCGAGGAAAAUGAAGUGGCUAGCGCGUUCCAAUCCCAUAGGUAUAGAAUCACCAUGUCUAAAACCACCUUAAAUCUUCUCUUGUAUUUUCUAAAUGAAAACGAGAGUGUAGGAGGGUCAUUAAUAAUCAGUGUCAUAAAUCAACAUCUGGACCCGAAUAUCGUGGAAUCUGUAACUGCAAGGGAAAAGUUGGCCGACGGUAUAAAAGUUCUCAGUGAUGGUGAAAACGGGAAUGGGAAACAAAACCUAGAAAUGAAUUCUGUUCCUGUCAAGCUGGGACCUUUCCCCAAAGAUGAAGAAUUCGUAAAAGAAAUCGAAACAGAAUUGAAGAUUAAGGAUGAUCAAGAGAAACAACAAAAUCAACAAACCUCGGAUGAAAAUAAUUCCGAGGCAAACAGUAGGACUUUAUUGCAAGAAUAUAAAGCCAUGAAUAACGAAGGAUUUGAAGAAUACGCUGGCGAAGAGGAUAAAGAUAAAGUUAAAGAGAAAACCGCCAAAGACGAGGAGAAGAAGGAAAUUGAGUUGAAAGUGGACGAUAAGAAAACAGACAGCAAUUUAUAUUCUCCUGCAAGAGAUAUAUUACCUCUGCCUCCAAAGACGGCAUUAGAUUUAAAACUGGAGAUCCAAAAGGUCAAAGAAUCCCGUGACGCUAUCAAAUUAGAUAAUCUGCAAUUGGCAUUGCCCAGUGUAUGCAUGUACACCUUUCAAAAUACAAAUAAGGACAUGUCAUGUUUAGAUUUCAGUGAUGAUUGUAGAAUAGCAGCCGCCGGGUUCCAAGACAGUUACAUCAAGAUCUGGUCACUUGAUGGUUCAUCUUUAAACAAUCCUAACAUCAUGCCGAACAAUAACAAUAGCGAACACAGGGAUACUGAUGAUCCAACUUGUAAAACCCUAGUCGGGCAUAGCGGGACAGUGUAUGCCACGAGUUUCAGUCCCGAUAAUAAAUACUUGCUUUCAGGUUCCGAAGACAAAACCGUCAGGCUAUGGUCCAUGGACACACACACUGCAUUAGUAAGUUACAAAGGCCACAAUCAUCCCGUUUGGGACGUUAACUUCUCUCCGUUGGGCCACUAUUUCGCCACUGCGUCGCACGACCAAACCGCACGGCUAUGGUCAUGUGAUCACAUAUACCCAUUAAGAAUAUUUGCUGGACAUUUAAAUGAUGUUGACUGUGUGUCAUUCCAUCCAAAUGGUUGUUAUGUAUUUACCGGGUCCAGUGACAAGACGUGUAGAAUGUGGGACGUCUCCACGGGUGACUCGGUCAGAUUAUUUUUGGGCCAUACUGCACCUGUCAUCUGUAUCGCCGUUUCUCCGGAUGGCAGGUGGCUAUCUACGGGUAGCGAAGAUGGUAUUAUAAACAUAUGGGACAUUGGCACAGGUAAAAGGCUGAAGCAAAUGCGUGGACACGGUAAGAACGCCAUAUAUUCUCUGUCUUACAGCAAAGAGGGAAACGUACUGAUCAGUGGAGGUGCCGAUCAUUCGGUCCGUGUAUGGGAUUUGAAAAAAGCCACUACCGAGCCAAGCGCCGAGCCAGAUGAGCCAUUCAUCGGGUACUUAGGCGACGUUACCGCGUCAAUAAACCAGGAUAUAAAGGAAUACGGACGCAGAAGGACGGUCAUCCCCACCAGCGAUUUAGUGGCAUCGUUCUACACCAAGAAAACACCCGUUUUCAAAGUCAAAUUCAGCAGAAGCAAUUUGGCUCUUGCGGGGGGCGCCUUCAGACCAUAA